AUGCUUAGCGCCCAGACCCCCGAACAAGUUGGCGGAGCGGAAUUCGACCCGACGGAUCCUUUCGCGAUUUUUGCGGCGGCACUGAGGGUGAAGAACAGGGAGGCGGAACUUCCCGCUGACACAGACUCCGCGGGCGCUGUCUCCGCGCGGCCCGCCACCGCGGCCCCGCUGCCCCAACACCCGCCGGUGCGGUUCAACCAGGACUCCACGUUCUUCGCGUACGCAACGCACGGCGGCUUUCGCGUAUUCCAGUGCGACCAGCUGAGGGAGAUUCUGCGGCGCGAGUUUGAGGGGCGCGGCGUGGGCAUGGUGGAGAUGCUGUUCUCCUCCAGCUUACUCGCGCUCGUGGGCGGCGGUCCCAACCCGUGCUACCCGCCGAACAAGGUGAUGAUUUGGAACGACAAGGAGAGGCGGUGCAUUGGCGAGCUAGCCUUUCGCAGCGAAGUGAGGGGCGUGCGGCUGAGGAGGGACCACAUCGUUGUUGUGCUCGAGCACAAGAUCCUCGUGUACACCUUCCCUGGAUUGAAGCUAGUGCACCAGGUAGAGACGCCCACGGGGCUGUGCGCGGUGUCCCAGUCGCCCGACAACUUCGUCCUGGCGUGCCCAGCCAAGCGGCCGGAGGAUGCUCGUUGGGAUGGUGGAAUGAUCUGCGUGGAGCUGUUUGAAGAGCGCCGUGGGUACGUGCGCGGCGCAAGCUUCUCUCAGCCAGCCUGCAUGGCGCUUUCUCUGGACGGGAAGCUGCUGGCCACCGCCAGCAGCAAGGGCACGAUCAUUCGGGUGAUCAACACGGCGGAUGGGACGAGACUGCACGAGCUGCGUCGAGGAGUGGAGAGAGCAAACAUCUACAGCCUCGCCUUCUCCCCCAAGGCGCCCUUCCCGGUGGCUGCCAAACUGAAAAUCCUCCCGGAGAAGUACUUCAGAGAGCGCUCUCUGGCCUUCUACCGCACCGGCGUGCACACACACAUGCUCGCUGCCUUUGGGGCCGACCCAAACACCGUCAUCGUGGUCGGUAGCACUGGAGCGUAUUACAAGCUUCAGUUCGACCCACAAGCAGGCGGUGAAAUGAAACUAUUGGAUGAGGCUAACUUUCUCGCGACUGAAGAUGAGCAUUAA